AUGGGUUCUGCACUUGCAAACAAACCUGAUGCUAAGAAGAUGACCAGUAUAAUAGCCCUGAGUUACUUUGAUGUUCCUCGCCAUCUGAGAACUUGUUUGUUGUACUUGAGUGCGUUCCCAGAAGAUUGUGAGAUCAACAAAAAUUGUUUGAUCAAUAGAUGGAUUGCAGAAGGGCUCAUUCAUGAGGAAGAAGGGCGAACUAAAUAUGAAAUUGGUGAGGGUUAUUUUAAUGAUCUCAUCAAUAGAAGCAUGAUCAAACCUGUUGAUGUAAAGUACGGUCAGGCAAAGGCAUGUCGAGUCCAUGACAUCAUUCUUGACUACAUCAAGUGCAAGGCUGCAGAAGAGAAUUUUGUAGCUCUGUCAGAUGCUUCAGAGCAUGUAUACACUACAGAAUACAAGACCGCGCUGGAGUUUCAAGUGGGAUCAAUGCCAAAGCUUGAGCAUGUGAAGCUCCGGAACGCUGUGCAUAAAUGGUGCCUGAAUGGUGCUUCUGAUUUGGGUAUCCAGCACCUCUCCGCUCUCAGCAAGGUUGAGGUCAAAAUUAAUGGAAACUGCAGAUACGACACCAACUACAAUCCAACAGAAGAUGAGAAUGAUGGUGCUAUCAGAUGGGUUUCAAGUGCCAUUAAUGGUGCCAUCGUGACACUUCCCAACCGUCCCACUAUCAGAUUCAAAACAAUGCAUGUUGAGGAGUGUGUGCAUUAUGAUGAGGAGUGUGUAUAG